AUGCGCAGGCAUCCAGGUCCCCCGCCUUAUGGUCCGCGUCGCGCGGGAUCCACCGCGCCCGCUGGCGCACACGGCUAUGGUGGCGGACAGGGCUACACUAGCGGCGGCGGAAGCAGCGGUUAUGGCGGACACGGGUACACGGGGGGAGGCGGUGGCGCAGCUAGGGGCCCGCGCGGAGGCAGGUCGCCGUAUACGCAGCAUUCUUCCGCGCAACCGCCUGUUGCGCAAGCUCCCCCAGCGGCACCUCCCCCGCCUCCCCCUCCGCCAGCCCCCGUGAACCCCGCCGUUGCGGAGGCUGGCGCGCGGGCUGUGCGGUGGCUAGAGGAGGCAGCGGAGGGAAUCGGCGCUGACGUGGCGUUGCGCGGAGCGGCCAGCGAUUCUGGAGCCAGCCGUUUCUCGACAGCUGGCGGCGAUGGAUUGCCCCAGGAGGUGCAGCAUAUAAGCCGAGUGGCGUCGCUUCUCCAGUCGCCCUUGGCCCCUCAGCUGCUCGCCUGGGAGUCCACAGCCGGUCGCAUCUGGAUGCUGCUAGAACGGCUGCUCGCACACAGGGACGCGGUCAUCCAAUCAGCAGCCGCGUCUGCCAUCGGGGUUGCAGCGGCCGUGCGCCUCCCGUCCGAAACGAUCCCUCUCUCUCCAGCCGCUGCAGCGCCGCCAGCUGUCGCCGUCUCAUUCGCAGGAGCGGAGCGCCUCUUUGCGUGGGCCCUCCCCCAGCUCACAGAUCCCAAUGCUGACGUGGCAAACACGCGCCUCGCGCUGCUGGCAGCUGCUCCGUUCUGCCAGCUGGCACCCGCGCCUUUGCCGCCCGAAGCUGAGCUGAGCUCAGCAACAGGUGCUCCUGCAACCACAACAAGUGCUGCAGCAGCAGCAACAGGAGGUGGAGGAGCAGGAGCAGGAGCGGCAGCAGCAGCAGCAGCAACUGCAGCAGCAGCGGCAGCGGCAGCAGCAGCAGCAUCAGAGCCAUAUGUCUCCAGCUGUGUGCAGGCCUGUCAGGGCUUGCUAGAGGACGAGGGAACGCCGCCCACGCUCCUCCCGCCCAUCCUCUCCGUCCUCGUCGCUGUCGCAGAGCGCUUUCCCGGAACCUUCCUGCAGCAGUUUGAGGAGAUUAUCGACCUGCUGCUGGGAUGGGCCAUGGAGCCGUCAGUUCUGCCGGCUAGCCGGCAGCUUAUCGGUGACUGCUUCUUGCGGUUCGGCCGGCAGUGGCGGGAAAAAGGAACGUUCACUCGAAACGUGCUGCUGAAACUGGUGGGGGAUAUUGAGACAGAGGUGAAAGCAGCGGCGGGUGAUAGCGGUUCUGCUGGUGGUGCUGCUGGUGCUUCUGGGAGUGUGGGGGGUUCGGGCAGUAGUGGCGGUGUGGGGGGAAGGAGUAGGGCAGCAGCAGCAGCAGCAGCGGCAGUAGAGGCAGACGCUUCAGAUGCUCGCUUGGCCGCACUGACUUUGUCUUUUAGCGCCGUUCUGGGCGGCGUGACAGGCUGGCGAGGCGUCCCUAGUGCCAGCACUUAUAGCGGGGCUAUUGGGGGAAGUGUGACUGGCGCGGUUAUUGGGGAUGCAGCAGUUAGGCGCGGGAAUGGGGCUGGGAGAGAGGAUGAUUCAUGGCGGCAGGUGGUUCCGUUGGAGGGUCUGUUCCGGCGCUGGCUGGUGCUGCUGAGAGAUCUCCUGCAGGUGGACAUUCAGGUGGAUUCUCAGGUGGAGGGAGGAGAUGGUGGGAAAGCAGUGCCAGUGGCAGCAGGGGGGCCGAGGGCAGCAGCAGAAGGUGGGGUAGCAAGCGGGGGAGCAGCAGGAGGGGGAGGGCAGGUGAGGAGGGUGCCAGUAGGGAGAGCGGGCGUGGCACGGGUGGCGUGGGUGGCGGAGUGGUGGGCGGUGCUGCCUGUCUUUGUCUGGGCGCUCUGUGCCCGUGGUGGUAACCAGGUGACUUUUGAGUCGACUCAAAAGUCGCUCUGUGCCCGUGGUGGUGGUAACCACCUGCAGUACCCGUGGAAAGAGAAGGAACAGCAGAAGCAGCAGCAGCACGGAGAGGUGUUUUCUUUUGAGGUGCCUCAAAAGUCGCUCUGUGCCCGUGGUGGUGGUAACCACGUGCAGUACCCCUGGAAAGAGAAGGAACAGCAGAAGAACCAGCAGCAGCAGCAGCAUGAAGAGGUGUUUUUUCUGCCGCACCGCUGUUUCUCUCCUGUUGGGCAGUUUCUGAGCAGCUUCUACGUGCCAGCUGUCGCGCCGCUCCUGAACGCCGUCGCCAGCACGCGCCUCUUCCCGCCGCCCGCCCUCGCGGCCGUGCUGCGCUGCCACCUGGCAGCGCUUGAUUCGCUGCGCGGACUCUGUGUGACGGAGCUGCAGGCUAAACUGGGGGAGGUGGCACCUGUCGAGUCCAACGCUUUAGACCAGAGAGAUCAGCAGCAGCAGCACCAGCAGCAGGGUAGGGAAGAUGAGAAGCCAGAGAACUUGGUUGGAGACGGGAAGGGAGGAGAUGGGAAAAAUCUUUCCGUUGAGGGGAAGGGAAGAUAUGGGAAUAAUUCCCCUCCCAGAAGUUCCUUAUCAGCAGACCCCCUGGCUGCAGCCUUCUCCGCGCUGCUCUUCGCCCGCCCCUACGCCCCGCUCCCGCUCCUCCGCCUGCACCCCCACCCUGCUGUCGCCUCCGCUGCUGCCGACACCCUCCUCUCGCUCCUCGCCUUCCCUCCUCUCACUCUCCCCCUCAGCGCGCACCCACCUCCCCUCACACCUUCCCUGCCCCGUACACAUCGCACACAGAUACCCACCACCUGCUUCACCUCCCUGUCAGUGCCGCUCUCCUUCCUGCUGGCAGAGAUGCGUGACUGCUACCGCUGUGCCACUCCCACCACACACUGUAGCAGCUCUGGUAACCAGGUUACCGGUGGGCUUGCAGGUGGAUUUACUGAUGGGGUUACCAGUGAGGGGGGGGGAGGGGCAGUGAAGCAGCGGAGGAAGAGGAGAAGGGUUGUGCGGCCACUGGGGUAUCGUACCCUCUUUGAUGGGAAUUCCGCGUUGGAAGGCUGGUGCAGGCAGCACGGGGCUGACCUGUCGCCGUCUGCUGACGUGUCGGACUGGGAUUGGACGGAGGAGGAAGCGGAGGCGCUCCUGCGGUUUGACCUGGUGGCUCUCUCCUCGGGAGUGGCGGCGUUUCACGGGCUCAGGGCCGCCUCUCAGGCUGCGUUCCGAGGCGAGCGCAUGCUGUUGGGGUUCGGUGUGAUGACUACCACAAGCACAUUCGUUACUGUCACAGGCGCUACUGCUGGAAACAUCUCCCCUUGUGACGUCCCGGGGGCACCUGUUACAGCUGCCGCUGGCAGUGCUAGUUCUGAGAGAUUAAAGAGUGAAAGUGCUGAGGACGGUGCUAAGGAUGGCACUGACAAGACUCCUUUUGGGAGGAGAAUCAGGAGCAGCACCACAGGUUCAUCUGCAGCUGCUCUUGUGCUUGCUGAGCUGGCGCUUAGCUGGCGUGACGUGGCGUGGGCAUUGCAGGAGGGCGAGGCCUCCGCAGCUUCAGGUGAAUUGCCAGUCCACCUGGCAUCAGCGUCAGGUGAUUUGCCGCUCAAGCCACAUCAGCUGGUGGGGGUUCUCAACCUGCUGUCCCGCAAGCAGUCCACGUCAGCACCGCCGCCGCACUCUGAAUGGCUCCUGCGGAUUCUGCUCACCCUCCCAUCCUCUCCUCCCUCCACUUCCUCUCUCCCCUCACCUCCUACUGCUUCUUCUCAAACCACGUCAGCAUCAUCUGAAGCAGAAGCAACAACUAGAGAGCUGGACAGCUGGCGCCAGCUGGCGACGAUGAACGGUGAGCUGGCGCUUAGGUGGCUGGUCCAGCUGGCAGCGCGGCAGUGCAUGAGCGGGCGGCUGCGCACGCAUUACGGGGGAGCAUCUGCCACGUUUGCAGCCUUUGAACGGACUCUCUCUGACGCCACCACUCCGACUGUCGCCCGCCUGCCCCUGCUGCCCAAAGGGGUGCUGGUGGUGGUGCCAGGGAAGAGAGGGACACGAGGAGGAGGAGGAGGGAAAGAAGCCUCGUCGUCAGCUUUGGGCCGAACCAGCUCAGCAGACGCGAUUGCUGGCCUGAGGGAGUGGCUGCAGGUGCUCGUGCGGUCGCUGCCGCACCCUCCUGCCUCUGCUAGUGUUGCUGCAGCUGGUGUUACUGCUGUGAAUGCAGGUGCAGCUGUUGCCGCAGCAUCAUCAGCAGCAGAGCUUUUACAGAAACAUGUGUGGCUUCUAAAGGGGAUGGAGCUGGAGGCAGAUGGAAGGUUCGAGGAAGCUGCCGAGCAUUACAGAGGGGUGAUGGAGACAGGAAGGGUUGGUGAUAGUGGCAGUGCUGGUGCUGGGGGUGGUGGUGAUGGUGGGGUAAGAGGAACAAAGGCGAUGGGGAUGGUGGAGAAGAGUGGGUUGGGGCGAGUGGGGCAGUUAGGAGCAGAGGAAUCGGAAAGAGGGGGAAGGGGAGAGGGAGGCGGAGAGGAGGAGGGCGAGGGGUCUGUUGUGGGUGCGCGGCUGAUAGACGUGUACAGCGCUGUGGGGGACUUGGAGCAGCUGCAGGCGUUCCUCAAGGCCAAUCCUCUCAGCCAAUCAGCUGAAGCUGCCACGUCAGCAUGCCUGCACUUCCAGCAGGACCUGUCGUCAGCUCUCUCCCUCGCAUCCUUCGACCCGCUCCUCCUCACCCCCCCCAACCCGUUCAACGGGCAUGUUGCUGGAAGCACGGAGGCAGGAAGAGAAGCCCACCAAGCCCCACCUCUGCUGAUGCCGCUGCUGUCUGCUCCUCCGCAGCAUGCCGAAGCUGCCUCGGUGCUUCGGCUGCAUCUGGCUCGCCAGGCCAGGCUCGGUGGGAACCUGCGGUUGGCGAAGCGGCUGCUAUCCGGUGCGGUGACAGCUCCGGUAGAUCAGAAAGGGAGAAGCGAUAGACAAGAUGAGGUGAGAGGAGAGGUGGGGAUGUGGAGGGCGAUAGAGGCGUGUGAGGUGGCGCAUGCUGAUAGGCGACAGCUGGAUGCUGUGGAAGGGAUGUGCCAGAUGCCGCAAGCCUGGCUGGCAUACGCCCAGUGGCUGGACUGCAUGGCUGACACACGCAUGCCCUGCCAUGCUGCCACGUCAGACGCUGACGUGGCGCAAGGCGAUGAUGAUGGUGCCACGUCAGACCGAGCAGCCGCAUCAGCUAGGGAGGAGGAGGAGGAGCAGGAGAUGGAUGUGCUAGCAGCGUUGCCUGCUUCCUUAGAUGAUGAUUACAGUGCCGAUGCUGCUGCUGCUGCUGCUGCUGCUGGUGGUGGUACGACCGGCGUGGGUGCAUUGAGCUCUGGGCAGGGUGCCAUCUCCCCACCAUCGUUUCAGCUACCAGACACUCUGUCGCUCUCGCCUGCACUCUCUCCUCUAGGGACCGCCACCAAUGAGGCGACAGAAGCGGCAACAGAGGAAGCAGAAGCAGCACAAGCAUCCGCGCUCCCAGCUGCCCAAUCCCUGGCUGCCACGUGUCUCACCAUCAUGGACCGGUUCCUGCUUCUCCCAGCCCCACCAACCACUCCUUCCCUUCCUGCCCCAACCCCGAUCUCCCACACUCUUCCCCAGCUCCUCUCCAUUUCCCCCUCACGUUUCAAAGCCAUGGGGCCUAAUGGUUCGCUUGUGGCGGGCAGGAGAGGGGAUGCGGGUGCAGUAGAGGCGGGUGGGUUGGACGGUGGGUUGGACGGUGGGUUGGAUGGUGGGUUGGAUGCGAGGUGCGUGGGAGGUGUGUCGGGGGCGAGUGGUGAGGUAGAGGAAUGCUUGCGGCAGGAGCUGCUGCAGCAGCUGAGUGCAGAGCUGACAGUUGUGCUGGGAGGAGGAGAUCAGCAGAUGGGUUAUUGUGGUGAGGAGGACAGUGGGGAUGCUGCUGCUGCUGGCGGUGGUGCUGCGUCGGCUGUGGCAGCGGUGGCAACGCCAGCAGCGGCAGCAGAUGUGGCAGAAGCGGUGCAUCAGCUGCUCGCCACCUGGCGUGCCGCCCGUUUCCGAGCGCUGUCAACGCGACACCUGGCAGCCCGCGCAUACAUGCGGUUCCUGCAGCUGGCUGGGGGGUGCUGGGGCGGAGGAGGAGGGGAUGGUGUGAGGGUUGAUGGGGGAGGGGACGUUGGGAGGUGUGGAGAUAGUGGGAGGUAUGGAGAUAGUGGGAGGUGUGGGGAGGAACGUGGCAGGAAGAGCAGGAAGAGGAGCAAGGGGAGUGCCAGUAGCGCAAGGGAGAAGGGGAGGGGGGAAUCCACGAUGAACGGGAGGGAAGGAUGGUCCGGGGAGUGCUCUGGGAUUGUGCAGGGUUUGGAGCGGUUGGAGGGGGUGGAAAAGGGACGUGAGGCUGUUGAGGUGGGUAGUGCGAAGCAACGCAGGUGGGAGGGGAGGACGGAGGAGGAUGGUGGUUCGUGUGGUGGGGAGACCGUGGCUGGCGGGAGUGCAGUGCUGACAUGUGUCGCGAUGCGAGUGGUGGAUAUUCUCAUGCAGCACGGCUCGCACAUGCCGCCCGUGGUUGCCGCCCCCAUGGACGUCGGAUGCCCACACGCCUGGCAGGUGUGUGUGGAGAUGGUGGUGCAUACAGUGGGUGGGGUAGAACAUUUUAAAGUUUCACUUUCACGUCCCGCAUUCUCCUCUCUUCCCCCUUCUCUCCCACCCACAACCACCUCCCCUCCCUCUCGCUCCGUACAGCCCGUUCUCCCCCAACUCCUGGCGGCGAUAUCAGCGCAGCGCAGCACGGCAGUCAGGCUGCAGCUGACACGUGUCCUGCUCUCAUUGGCCGGCGCGGCCCCGUCCCUGGUGGUGUACCCGCUGUGUGCAGCUGAGAAGCACCGCCUUCAGCACCUCAGCCUUGCGCUCGCCUCCCUGCCUGCUCUUGCUCCUCCUCCUACCACCUCUCCUCCUGCCGCCCCUUCUGCCGCCCCUCCUACCGGCCCUCCUACUCCUCCUACUCCUCCUGCCGCCUCUCCUGCCGCCCCUUCUUCUGCUCCUCCACCUCUCUCAGCCAGCUUGGCCAGUUCUGCAAGUGCUGCUGCUGCCCCAUCGUCCGUUAAUGCUGGAGCACCACCAUCCCGCCAUGGUGACAUCGGCGCGCGCGCUGCUGACAUCAGCGGAUCGUCUGGCAGUGCUACCAGAGGAGCGGCUGCUGUCCUCCCUUCAGUCCUGCCUCUCCCUCCUCCACCGCUCCCUCUCCUCCCUCCUCCUUCUCCCUGCUCCUCUUUAUCCCCCCUCCUUAUGCUCUUUACACCGCCCGUUAUUUCACCAUCCUUCUCGUUCCCCUCUCCCCCCAUAUCCCUUAUUCCCCCCUGUCCUUGGUUCCAGGAACACCACCAUCCCGCCAUGGUGACAUCAGCGCGUGCGCUGCUGACAUCAGCGGAUCGUCUGGCAGUGCUACCAGAGGAGCGGCUGCUGUCCUCCCUUCAGUCCUGCCUCUCCCUCCUCCACCGCUCCCUCUCCUCCCUCCUCCUCUCCACCCGCCACCAACUCGCCGCCUCCUCCGCUGCUUCUGCUGCUGCCGCUGCUGCCGCCGUCCCAGCCGCUGCUGAUGUGCGUCUGGGGGGGCAGAGACAGGGGCUAAGGCAGCCACAUGCUGCUGCCUCUGCUUCUGCUGCUGGGGUUUCUGCUGGUGGCGGUGGUUCUGGUAGAGGGGGUGUUGCUUUGAAUGGCGUUGCGUUGACUGGCGCUCCCCUUUUAACGCCAGUGAUUUCGGGGAUUGCGAUUACGGUUGUGGGGAGUGGAGGCGAGGGGGAGGGGACGGAGGGAGAAGCAGGGAGAGAGGAGGAGGAGCGGCAAGAGACAGGGGUGGGCGAGGGGGAGGGAGAGAGGGAGAGGGAGGAGCUAGCUCAAGAUGACAAUGAUGAUGAUGAUGAUAGCAGGGGGGUGGUGGACACAGCAGUGCCUGGCGCACUGCUAGAUGGUGAUGCUACUGUCGCUUCCACCGCCGCUGCCGCCGGCGCCGGUGCUGAUGUUGUGAGUCCUGUGGCAUUGAUGUCCGUCCCAGCACAUGCGUCUGCAGUCCCUGCAAUCUCGGCAGCACUUGCUGCUGCCGCCGCUCCUGCCGCAGCUGCAAGCAUGCAUGGGGGCAGCAGCAGUGCACCAUCGGUGCCAUUUGUGCCCACAGUGCAGGAGGUGCGAGCUGCCUUCCAAGUCAAGUAUCGGGAGAUAGUGGCGGGAGUGGUGAUGCGCCUGCAGGGGAUACUGCACAUCUGGGAUGCUGAUGCUGCCACUCUCGCUGCUGCUGCUGCUGCUACUGACGCUGCAGCUGAUGCUGCUGCUGGUGCUGGUGACGCAGGAGCAGCAGCAGCAGCAACCCCACCCACCAGCAGCAGCCCGCUCUCUCCCCUAGCGGCCUACCUCUCCCCUCGGGAACUCCAUCUGCGUCCCAAGCUCCGCCCUCUCAUCGCUGCAGCUGUAGCCGCGCUACAGUCCCCGCCUGCUGAUGUCAGCAGUGGCGCACUACGAGACAAAUGCCGCCCGCUGGAGGCGGCUGUAGCGGCGCUGCAGAGGGAGCAGCGGCGGUACCUCUCGCUGCCAGAUGUCGCGCCGGGAUUCGCCGCUUUUAGGGACACUGCCGCCCCUGUCCCUGGUUGUUUAUCCAACUCCGUUACUAGCAAAUUCGCUACAGGGAGUAGUGAUACUGGGGCUUUGCUUAAUGUAUGUGCUUAUAACGAAGGGCUAGUGACAGUAGCUGCUGUGAGAGACAAGGUCGAAGUGCUCAGCACCAAGACCCGCCCCAAGCGCAUCGUGAUCGUCGGAUCCGACGGCCAGGAUCGCAGCUUCCUGAUCAAGGGCCGCGAGGACCUCCGAUUGGACGCGCGGAUUUCCCAGCUCUUCCAAGCGGCCAAUGCGCUGAUGCAGAGCCACGGACCAACCAGGAAGCGACAGCUGGCGGUGAGGCAGUAUGAGGUGGUGCCGACGGGGAGUCAGUCGGGUAUGAUCCAAUGGCUGGAGGGGUUGCACAGCCUGUACUCGCUGUAUAAGGCGUGGCAGUCCCGCCAGGCCGCUGCUGCCACCGCUGCUGCUGCCGCUGCCGCCGCUACUGCUGGUGGGGUUGGUGCGGCUGGUGGUGCUGCAGGUGGUGGUGCAGGAGGGAAAGGAGGAGCAGCAGUGCCGGCAGGAGCAGCACCAGCAGCAGCAGCAGCAGUGCCAGCUGUGCAGCGGCCCACGGAGAUGUUUUUUGCCAAGGUGGGAGCAGCGCUGCAGGCGAGAGGCAUGAGCCGGAGCACGCCGCGCUCUGAUUGGCCGGCGGACGUGAAGCGCAGCGUGUUUGAUGAGCUGGCGCGGGAGGUGCCACGUCAGCUGCUGGCGAAGGAGAUGUGGAGCUCGACGACGGGCUCCGAGGGGUGGUGGGGCAAGCAGCAACGCUACAUAGCAUCAACAGCCGUCACCAGCACAGCCGGCUACAUCCUCGGUAUCGGCGACCGCCACCUCGACAACAUCCUCUGGGACCUCUCCUCUGCCUCCCCACCGUCCUCCACCCUUUCUCAACCCUCUGCAUCCGGCUCAGUGGUGCACAUAGACUUCACGGUCGCCUUUGACAGGGGCCGCCUGCUCAAGGUGCCAGAGCUCGUGCCCUUCCGCCUCACCACCACGCUCAGAGGCGCCAUGGGGCUGCCCGGUGCUCUCUCCCCGUCCGGGCCCUUCGCCUCUGCCGCUGUGGCCGCGUUUGAGGCUAUGGGUGGGGGGUUGAUGGGUGGGGGCGAGUGGGGCGGGAUCGGGGGCGAAUGGGAAGGGACUGCUGCUGCUGCUGGUGGUAGUGGGGAAAAAGCAAGGCUUGGAAGAAGAGAGCGUGUGGGGAUGGGGGGAGGAACGGGGAGUGCAGCAGCAGCGGGAGGGGGGGCGUUGCUGCCUGCACUUAUGAGUGCGUUCCUCUGGGACCCUCUGGACGAGUGGGGAGGCCCGCUCGCCCCCGCUGCUGCCACUGCCACUCCCAAACCUGCUCCUCUUGCUCCUGCUGCCCCCACUGCGCCUGCUCCUGCGCCUGCUCCUGCUCCCACUGUACCUCGCGCUGUGCUGCCAGGCGGUGUCUGGGAGGGGGCACUAUUACCGUGGGAAGCGGAGGUGGUGACAGGCGCUGCUGCUCUGGGCGCACACAGGGGGAGGUCUAUGUGGGGAGGGUGGCAGCAGAGCAACGGCAUCAGCAGCAUCAGCAGUGCUGCACGCUCAGCCAAGGGAGGGGCAAUGGGAGGGGCGAUGGAGGCGAUGCUUGAUUCCACCUUCCUCAGACCCUUCCUCCCCCGUUCUUUCUUCCAUUCCACCCUCCUUUCCCCAUCUUACUUCCACCCUCUCUCCCCUCUCCCUUGUACGCCUAACACCCCCACCGCGGUUGUCACUUGUUCUCGUGUCUUUACCCAUAUCCAAAUGUCAAGUGCGUGUGCUUGGUCUGCUCGACCCGCCCUCCCUGCUGCUGCCCGCGGGCCCUCCUCAGCUGCACCGCUGUGCCUCUGUGCCCCACCACUCUCUUGCCUGCACACGGAUUUCUGCAUGUGUGUGUUUCGUGCUGCCCGUUAUGCUACUUUGGCUCUCAGCCUAUCAGUUGCCGCCAAGUCAGCUGCUGCUUCUGUUCAGCACCUUAUCGAGACGUCAGAAUCCAAGAAUCAGGCUCGCUCCGACCUCGCAGCAGCACAGGAAUCCUCCAAGAAGCUUCUCAAGGAAGAGGAAGCUUCCAGGCAUGGGCUGCGAGCAGCCAUGGAAGCCCUCUCUCGCAUCGGCGACCAGCAUCGGGGGAAGGCUCGGCGUGCCGAAGCUAAGGCCGCUGCAGCCAUGGAUGCUGUAGGCGAGGCUCGGCGGUGGUUGGACGACAAACGGGCGGCGCUUGCUGAGCUGGCACCAACUUUGCUGCCAGCUGUCGCUGUCUCUGGUGUUUCGACGCCUAUUCAGAGUGGUGGGAGUGGGAGUGGGAGUGGGAGUGGGAGUGGGAGUGGGAGUGGCAGUGGCAGCGGCCGUUCUGCUGGAUGGCUGAUGGGGGAGGAUGUGAAGCGGUGGGCUGCUGCUGCCAUCCCCAACAUGGCAUGGCAGGACGGCAGUGCUGAUAUCGCCCUGCCCUUGCUCCUGUCAACCUCGUCAUCAUCAUCAUCAUUGCUCGCCCUGACGUCCCCUCUCACUACCAAUGCACUCUCUCUCUUGGAUAUCGCGACCACCAACUCCCCCUCUUCCUCUGCUCCUCCUCACCAGCAAAACCGGCAGCAGCAGCCAGCAGUGCUUCCCCUCGCCGUUAUCCCAGAGGCUCUGCGUGCCAGCUGUUGCCAGCUGGACCUCCACGUCUGCCAGCUGGCGGCCGCGCGCUGCCGUGCCGUGCUGCGAUUGGUCGGCGCACUGAGGGCGUACGGGGAGGCAGCGGUGGUGGCAGGCGGGGUGGGGGUGACGGGCGGGAGGAGGAGAGGCAGGGCGCAGGGAACAGUAGCAUCUGGUGAGAAGAACACGAGCGUGCAUGGAGAGGAGGAGAUGCCGUUUGAGACGUCUGAACACGAGAACAUAGGCAGCAGCAGCAGCACGGGUGCAGCGCGCCUGCCCACUGCAACUGUCUGCAUUAACUCGUAUCUGAGCACGAGCGCUGUGAGCCGGGGGGCGCCUGUUGAGGCGCCUCAGAAGCUACCCACUGCAACUGCAUGCAUCAACUCGUACCUGAGCACGAGUGCUGUGAGCCGGUGGGCUCGCGCACUGGAAGCCACGGUGACAGCGGCGGGGCUGAGAGCGCUGCCAGCAGGGGUGGGGGCGAGGGAGAUGCGCGACGAGGCGAGGGCUGCGAGAGAGGUGCUGGAUGGGAUGGGGCGAGUGGAUGGCGGUGUGGGGGGUGGGAGACGCGUGUGGGCGCUGCCAGGAGGAGGAGGAGGAGGAGGAGGUGAAGGGAUGGUGGAGGGCCCUGGCAGUAGUGGUGGCGGUAGCAGCAGUAGCAGUGGCAGUGGCAGCAGUGGCAUGAGUGGAGAGGAGCGAUUGGUGGAGCGACGGCAGGUGCUGGUUAGGGCAGUAGAGGACGCCUGGAGAGUGGUGAGCGGCGAGAGGAGAGGCGAGCGAGACUCAGAAAAGAAGGCAAAAAUGGAGGAGGCGGCGGAGAAAGAAGAGGGUGCGGAGAAGCAGAAGGGAGUGGUGAGGGAGAUUGAGAGGGUGCUGGUAGGGGUGGGCGGGGGAGGUGGCAACCAGGGAAGGCUGUAUGCGUUGGUGACGGCUGUUGGCCUAGCAGCAGCAGCAGCAGCAGCAGCAGCAGCAGCAGCAGCAGCAGAAGCCACAGCGGUAGCAGGCGCUGGUGUUGGUGCUGCUGGUGACAGUGAUGCUUCCAGCAGAGAGGAAUGGCAGACAGCGGGGAACGAGCUGACAGAGGGCUCAGGUGUGAAGGAAUUGAAAACAGAGGGAGCGCAAGUGGGAGCAACGAAGGAGGGAGCGCAAGAGGGAGUGCUCCGAGGGGUGAUGGCACGAGUGGAAGGCAGGAUUUGGUUCGGCUCUGCACUGGCCUCUCUGCUGACUCAGCUGACAGCUGGCGGUGGGACGCAGAGCAGUGAGCAUGAUGAGCUGGCGGAGGAGUUUGCAGGCGAGCAGCACGUGGCACUGCCUGCGUCUCAGCAGCAGGAAACAACUCGGCAAGAACAAAGGCAGCAGGAUCCAACGCUUCCCUGUCCUUCUGUUGUUCCUGCCACCCCCUCCCUACCAUUCUCCCAACCCUCCAUGUCACCCCACCCUCUAUCGAUCCCCUCGCCCUCAUCCCCUGUGCCCUCGCCUCCCACCACCCCUCCUGCCCGCCUGCCUGCACGCCCUUCACUCUCUCAAGACACUGCUCCCGAGGGAAGGGGGAGGGAUGACAGUAGGGAUGGUGAUAGUAGAGGGGGGAAGGAAAGCAGCGGUGGUGGUGUGGGUGGUGAAGUGGUAGAGGGUGACUCGUGGCUGCUGGGUGCUCUCCAGGAGGAGGAGAGGGCUAUAGACAAGCUCAUGGGCUCGCUCCCUGCUGCUGCUGCUGAUGCUGGUGCUGGGACGGGUGCUGCUGGUGCUGGUGCUGCUGCUGCUGCUUCUGGUGCUGGUGCUGAUGUUGCUGGUGCCAAGGCCCACUCUUCCUUCCUAUCCCUGCUUCCACCCUCUGCUGCCACUGCUGCCACUGCUGCCACUGCUGCCACUGCUGCUCUCGCUGUCCCUCCUGCUCUUGCUGCCCCAGCGUUGGCAGACUCUAUGGAUGUAGCAGAGAUAGGAGCGACCUCCCCUCAUCUGCUCCUCCUACCGCCAUCAGCACGUCUUUUUGUGGUGCGGGUGCAACUGGUGGCGGCAGUGCUGAGAGCGUGUCUAGCCGAGGGGAAAGGAGCAAACGCAGGGCGUGCUGAGAAGGGGAGGCAGGAGGGCACAGAGAAAACCAAAUCUGGCCUAGCAGGGGAAUCUAAUGAGAAAAGCAGGGUGACAGGAGGGGGUAAGGGCUUGGAAGAGCAGGAGGCGAGCCGGAGUAAGGAAGCCGAUCUUUCGAAGAAGAUCCGUGUGGCGGUCUGUGAUUGGCUGAGGGCGUAUACGAGCCAGGGUCUGGGGCCACUGGUGGAGGCCCUAGUGUGCCAGUUCGUUCAACCAGCCAAUCUGGCUUCUGCGCUUGAUGCUCAUUCUGCCACUGCCACUGCCGUCAUCAGUGGCCCUGGUAACGCUGCUUCUGCUGCAACUCUCAGUGGAGCUGGUAGUGCUGAAGGCAGUGGAAGCACUUUUGAUAGUGCUGCUGUCGCUGCUGCAAUGGGUUACAGCAAGCGAGAAUUGGAGCUCUCAUCCCUCAUUGGCCAGUUCUGCCAGGCUGAGGUCAGCAGGCGUGCUGCUGACGCCAGCAAGCAACACGCAGCUGGCAGUGCAACUUCUCCCGGGCCAUCCCCACGCAUGCACGCUGCACACGUGGCAGCCCUUGCUGCUGCACGCGCUGAGCUGGCAGGAUUUGAUUGGCUGCACGAGCCGCAGCUGCCACCUGGCUCUGUGACGCCUGUUCCUGUUGCUGCCACCUUGGGUGCAAGCUCUAGCAGCGUUGAUGCUGCUGCUGCUGGUGUUGCUGCUCACCAAGGCUCACCUGUCCCUGCUGGUGCUGAUGUUUCCGGUGUUGGUAGUGGUGGUGGAAUCGGCAGCAGUCAGCAGCAGCAGCACCAGCAGCAGCAGCCACUACCCUCACCCCCAUCCCGCACUGCCCUGCUAAGCCAAAUCUGUGCCGAUCUGGCCGUGGUGCUAAAGACAACAGAAGCCAUCCAGAUGUGGGAGGCGGCCGGCGCCACUGUAGAAGCCGACCUGGACCGGCUGCUCUUCUGGUGGUAUACCACCACUUCCAGCAGCAACACUAGCAGCAGCAGCAGCAGCAGCAGCAGCAGCAGCAGCAGUACCACCACCAGCAGUAACACCACCAGCAGCAGUAACACCACCACUGCCGCCACCAGCACCACUGGCAGCGCCACCAGAAGCAGCACCGGCGGCAGGGCAGCAUCAGCAGCAGGAACGCCUACCUCUCUCCCCGCGGCGUACUUGGAGCGAAAGCAGCGGCGGCGGCAGGUGCUGUGGGGGGGGCACGAGGGCGUGGGGCGGGUGGUGCAGGUGGUGGGGCGAGUGCUGCAGGUAGAGGCGAGCAGGGACGGCAGGCUCGUUAAAGACCCCGUUGCUGCCGUCAGUGCUGCCGCCAACGCUGCCGCCAACGCUGCUGCUGCUGCUAGCGCUGCUGCCGCUGCCACUGCUGCCAGUGCUGCUGGUGCAAGUUCUGCUGCUGCUGCUCCUAUUGCUGUCGGCGGUGCUGCCAGUUCUGCUGCCCCUGCUGUUGUUGCCCUCGUGCCUCUGUUCCCCUCGGGGCUGCCAGCUGGCGGGCGGCCGGCUGCGGCAGUAUAUGGGCCGCUGCUGAUGGACGUGGACAGGGCAGUUGCUGACGUGGCAGCCUCUGCAGUCCAUCUGCAGGCGGCACAGCAGGCAGAGAGGGUGGCUCGAGCCGCUCGGGUGGAAACAACAGAGGCACGGCUAGCGACUCAGAAGCUGGUCGACAGGCUGUCAGUCACUCUGCAGCAGCAGUCAGCCAAUCACAGCGCCGCCCUGUCCCAAGCGCACCAAGCAGCAGCUGGCCUCUCACUGGCUGCUGCCAGCCUCGCCCCCUUCCUCUCUCACUCCAUCCUGCCGCUCAUUCGCCAGGUCUUUGAUGCGGCGUCUGCAGUGCAGAGCUCAGUCAUUUCUGCUGUAAUCACACCGGAUAGUGUCACAACAACUGCCGAGAGAGUGCAUUCGGAGUGCCGCAGUUUCAUCGGCCUGCUUGAAUCAGUUCACGGAGCAACGCCCUCACUUCCCUCCUCUCACCCCCACCACCUCUCCUCUCUCCUCCGCCUCUCCACCUCCCUGCACCAGCAAUGCUCCUCCCUCCUCCCAUCCAUCUCCCAUCUCGCACACACCACCCUCUCCUCCCUCCACGCUCUCCGCCUCUCCAAGCGCCGCCAGCUGGCAGCCCAGUCAGCAGCGCCAGCAGUGCAAGGAGAAUCCGAGCUGGCGGAAGAAUCACCGCCAGCCGGGCGGGUGUCGGCGGAAGCUCUGAAUGGCGCUGUGCUGGCAGUGUGUAGACGCGCUCUGGAUGGUGCUGUGCUGGUGCGGUGA